AUGGAAGAGCAUACGUUUAUGCCUCCCCCUGAGGCUCCUGUAUUUGAGCCGACUGAAGAAGAAUUUCAAGAUCCUUUAGCGUUUAUAACAAAGAUACGGCCGUAUGUGGAAAAAACUGGAAUUUGCAAGAUUCGCCCUCCGCCCGUAAGUUUGGCCAACUUUUCAAGAUUUUUUGCCAUCUUUGGCGCAUCGUAACAGCGUAUUGACACGUUGUACUGCUUUGGUUUUUAUCUAGGACUGGCAGCCACCAUUCUCCGUGGACGUAGAGAAGUUUAGAUUUACUCCUCGAGUGCAAAAACUCAACGAACUCGAGGUAAAUUUGAAGCUAUUCAACUUUUGUGAACUCGCGUUUCAGGCAACUUGCGCGAGCGCACUUCUUUUUUUGCCCAUAUUCAGGGCUAUAACGACGAAUCGAACUUUCAGAUCCCUUCAUCGUUAACUCAAAGAAGUCCUACAACAUAAGAAGAACUAAAAUGGCAGGGUUGUGAGACCAAAACGAAAAUGUAGAUGUUUCUUUUUCUGCACGAAUACCAAGUAACGUGAACUUGGCAGCCCGGUAGCCAUGUUUGAUCUUUCCCGACUGUAUAUAAUUUCUUCUGUUUAUAUCUUCGCGUAUUCAACGUAAAUCACCCCAAAUUGGCUUCUUCUGGAAACAUUUAUGUCUCCUUUCUUAAUUAACGGCUUAUUUCACUUUCUUUGUAGGCGACAACAAGAGUAAAAUUCAAUUUUUUGGACGCCAUCGCCAAGUUUUGGGAAUUGCAGGUAUAGGCCUGAGCCUAGGCAGGAAGACUUGUCCUCGACAAAAUGCGCUUCGUGAAACCGUCAAAAUUGCCAUUUAUAAGCUUCCCUGCUAAUAAUUAUAGGCCAAAUGCCCCUAACUUUAAGCAUUUUAUCAAAAUUAGGGAACAAAUUUAAAACUGCCUAUGGUGGACAAGAAGAAUUUGGACAUUUUUAAACUUUAUAAAGUGAGUAUACAAACGCAUGUUGCCUCGCUGCAUAAUUUCGUUGCCGUUUUUUUUGCCUCAUUGUUCAGUGGGGCGGCGAUUUCGGGCUUAAAUCUUUGCAGAAAUGAUCGAAAAUGACAAUGUUUCGGUGAGGUUUGGUGAUUAUUUAUGUUUGGAAGCCAUUUUGGCAAAAUAAUGAUACAAAAUGACAUGAAAUUGUAGAACAAUAGGUAAACUGUGGCCCCUCACCCUAACAUGGAAAUUGCAAUUGCGACACGAAUUAGUACGCACAUAGAAACGCCAACCGAUAAGAUUUCACCAUUUCAGUUGAUUCUUGGUGGCUUGGUGUGAACUGACUUGUUAUGAUGCAGUUUCUAACGUAAUGUUAAAUUUAUAGUCGUGGUUCUAUAGUCAUGGUUGUAUUCACUCUGUAACAAUGAAAUAAAUUCAAUAAUAAUGGAUUGGGUUUCAUGUUAAAAUGUAGGUUUGCAGUUUGGCUCAGAAAUUCAUUUAAGCAAGUCCAACAUGUUCUACUGACACCACUGAAUGUCGUUGGAUUUGUUUAAAUGGGAGUCUCGUUUAAACCGAAUGAAACCUGACCCAACAUCGACUAAUAUUACUCAACAUUGUGUUUAAAUAGAUCCAACAUGACUUAUCGAACAAUAUAAAUAUGUUCGAGCAACAUGUUUGAUCUAUUUAGCAAGUAAAAGCCCGAUAUGUUCUCCUCGAUUAGUAGAAGUGUAAAAUUUUAGGCAAAGUAAAGUCCCGUAGCAAUAUUGACUACAUUUGGCCAUGCAUUUUGCAGCCUAAUGGAUUAACAAGGAACAUAUUUGUACCCUAAUGAACCCUACUUUAUUAUUUUACUCUGUCUAACAUCAGAUGAUUUUACUCGUCAAGAGGAGAGUGCUGCCACUCGAUGGGUUAACCCAACACAUUGCCUUGAGCAGUAAAAUAUCUGUCCAUGUGAACCCAUUCACCCAUUGAGUGGCAGCCCUUGGCAAAUAAAAUCGUCUGGUGUCAGACAGAGUACAAGAAUAAAGUAGGGCGCUUUAAUACAUUUUACACUUAAUUAAUACACUUUGUAAUUUUACAUUAUUACACUUUGUACUCUUACUCUGCCUAAAACCAUGCAGUUUACUUGUGUUAUCAACAGCAUAAUGCUCGGUAUUUAGUGGUUGACUGAUAAUCACUGUCGGGACAAUUUUUGCCUCACCGGUAGACAAUCGGAAUCGGCAGAAUUAUCUGUAUUUCCGAUCGUGUAAAACCGAUUGUUGAGAAAAUAUGCACUUCGAAAAAAUUAGAUACUUUGCACGUUCAUACACGUAGCAUUUUAACACAAUAUGUUAAAUUAAUGUGCGAAGCGUGCCAUUUAUGUACUUUGGUUGCAGUAACAUGUUACCUUGAAAAUUGUUGUUAAAAAUCAAGCGUGAUGUCACCUUUACUCGGUCGACUGACAAGAUGUCAAUACAAAAUCGGUAUUGGGUACCCUGGAUUCCAGAGCCUUCGACAGUAAAUAAUAAAUUGAAUCUGUACUAAAACCACUAAUUCUGUUUUGUGAUUGGCGUGGUUUAAUCUGUACUAAAACCACUAAUUCUGUUUUGUGAUUGGCACGGUUUAAUCAAAGAAUCGCCCCGUUGAACCAGAGCCUUUGCGACAUUUCAAUUUAUUAUUUACUGUCGAAGGCUCUGGAAUCCAGGGUAGGUAUUGGGUAGAUUGUUGCAUGAAUAAUUUGUAGUCGGUAAUUUCCAAUUGUUCCACAAUCGAUCAAUCACUCUGGGUAUUAGCCCAUUGAGCACUAGCACUCUCCCCUUGUUGAGUAAAAUCGUCGGGUUGUUGAGUAAAAUUGUCUGGCGUUAAGGUAUGUUUACACACAACGAUUAAUCAUGUCGAUUCAGCUUUAUUUAAAUGAUAUUUGAAAAAUAUGCUGUCAAUAUCAUCUGAUGACACUGUCAACUGACAUUUGUCAAAACCUGAAAUUGUCCCGAUUAAUCAUUGUGUGUAAACGUAGCUUUAGACAGAUGAAAAUAAUAAAAUAGGACUGCGACUCGAAUUUAAUGAGUUAACAUUUGGAUGGGUUAGGCCAACAAAAUGCCUGGGUUUCCUAUUUCUUGUUGCAAAAACUCAGAUAGGGUAGGUUGGGUUUUGUUUGUUUUUUUCAUUUUUUUUGUGAAUGCUCAUGCAUGCAUGAGAAUGACAUUCUGUGUCAAUUACAGCAGCACAGAUGGCACAGACAUUUGUUAAAUAUUUUAUCAACUUUGUUUGAAACAAACAGGUUGUACUUUGUAUAGCUUGUACAAAACUAAUGCCAUCAACAAUUGCUCCAAAUUAUUGUCGGCCAUUUCAGUGGCCAAAAGCUAGGUACGGUUGGGAAACCGGGUGUUUUUUCUCCUUAUUGUCGAUUUCAAGUCGCUUUUCAACACGCAGUUCCCAAGUUUGUUGCUAACUUGCCAAUUAUGUUUCCAAGUUUGGAAAUUGGGCGUGAACUUCACAACAAAGUUUGCAAGUUCAUUUCAAUGUUUGAACUUCGUUUGUAAACAAAUGUUCAUACUCAAUAAUAAUAACCAAUUCAAUGAAAUACAAACCUUGGUAGCCCACUUGACCAAGAAGUUUCCAUUGAAUUGUUAAUUUCAACUUGAACUAUGAACAUUUGUUUACAAUAGUUCAAACACUGAAAUGUACUUCCGAACUUUGUUGUGAAGUUCACACCCAAUUUUUGAACUUGGAAACGUAAUUGUCAAGUUCGCAACGAACGUGGGAACCGCGCGUUGAAAAGUGACUUGAAAUCGACAAUGACAAUGGAAUCUUGGCGUUUAUUGCUGAUUAAUAUUUUUACACAAGUGAACAUAACAAAUCCUACAUGUUGAUUGGUCAAAUUUGACGUAAUAAGCUGUUAUAUUCACCUACAGGUGAACAUAACAAAACAGAAAUUUUCAAAAUGGCGGUUAGCCAUUUUGUGGAAGUUUACUGACAAAGAAAUAAGCGAAAUUAAAAUAAAGUCAGUCUCAAAAAACACAAAAGCUUGUGUAAAAAUACUAAAACAAUUAUUCGCCUCAGGCUCAGUGAUUAUCGGGGAAUAUUCACCUCGACUUUGUCUCUGCGAAUAUUCCCCGAUAAUCACCUCGCCUUCGGCGAAUAAUUGUUAAUUAUCUGUGUAGUAAUCACAAACAUAAUAAUAAUUUUUAGACUGUUCAUGAAGAGGGUGGGUAUGAGUUUGUUACAACCAAAAGAAAAUGGCCUGUCGUUGCCCGCAAAGUGAGUAACAAUUUUGAUAAUAUAAUAGACCCUUCCGGAAAGUAGGUCACUUUGGCUAUAGAAUUAACUAGAGCCUUUUGGAUUUAACAAGUCUCACAUAGGGUCAAACUAUAGUCAAAAUGGCAUACUUUCUGAAAGGGUGUAUUGUGUAUGUUUAUUUAGUGCUGGAAGAUUUUAUGUCCGGCAGCAGUACCGCUGCCAGGAAAUUUCUAAUGAAGUAUCUUCACAGAAAAUCUUCUUACAUCUUGCACAAAUUUUUGUCAUUUUGUAUACUAGAAUUGCAAGUAGCAGGGUUGGAAAUAACGUUCUGAAAAUAUGUCAAAUUUUGUUGGCUGUUUUUCGUAGGUGAAAAUGUUUGCCGGCUAUUUUCCAAGCAAAGUUUAGUUAUGUUCUGGAGUGGGCAUAGGCCAAACAAUAGUGAUGUAAACCAACACAACAUUUGGAAGAACGCAGUAUAAUACAUUUUAUUUGGUGUAGGAACAAACAUUAACAAGUUCUGUGUAUAUGUACGGCGUUAUUGUAAGCGAGUCAUCGAUGAAUAAAUAUAAUAUUUUCGCCAAUCCUCUAUGCUUUGAAAUUAAAAUCGCCGGCAAGGUCCUAAACUGCCGGCUAUCGCCGGAAGACGGCGGCUAUUUCGAACCCUGAAAUAUAGUCUGUCCUAUGCUACAUAUAUUUUUUUUGGAUUAACUGCCAGAAAGAGGAAUAUAUUUUCUAGUCCUGUGUUUAUUAUAGACCUGUGAGAGACAUUAUGAACAUUCUAAAUUCAAAAGGUUAGACACAUGUCAGACAUAUAUCCACAUACCAGACAGUAUUAUCAAAAGGGGAGUUAUCCAUGUCACCCUUGGCAGCACAAUUUAAUUGCAUACACCAAUCUAUCAUUUGUCUGUCAGUUCAUGAUCAGAAUAUUGCUCUUGCCAUCACUAGAAAGGAGAGACUUUUUUUAUUCAUUGGUUUACGGAUCCUCCGACCGUAAAUAUUCAGAAAGUGAAAAAUAAAAAGAAUUUGGAUGUCAACAAUUUUACGAUUUUAGUUAAUUUUAGUUAAUUUGGGGUUCUGACAUGCCAAGUAGUAAACUUUGACUACUGGCUCAAUGUUAUCGUUGUGACAAUCUUGAAAAACAAUGUUUUUAAAAAAAAUUUCCGACCUACCAACCUGUUUUCUUUCGAGUAAAAUCCGUAAACCAAUAAAAAAAGUCUUGCCAAAGUAGACCGUUAUGAUGUUUGGCUUGAUUGCUGCACAAAUACUGUAGCAAAUCAUAAUGCUUGUAACCCAGCAUAAGUCUAUUACCUAGGGCUAGAAAAUAUGUUUCUCUUCCGAGAAUGUAGAUUUCAGAAAAUAUAUUGUAUUGUGCUGCACUUUAUGAUUAACUCUAAUCUUGGCACAACACAAUUUCAACUUGCAAAACACUUGUGGAAUUUUUAAACAAGUCCAGUAUUUGAUAUGUAACAUGACAAAUAUUUAGUGUCAUAUGUACGAAAAUUUCCUGCAAGUAUAUUUUAUUAAAGUGCCUAUGCAAGAAUUUGUUUUAUGAUUUAAUUGCAAAGUUCGUUUAAAACUUAUUUUUUUAAAACUUAAAACAAAGUUUGUUUAAAACUUAUGUAACUUAUUUUCUAAAAUUUUGUUAUCUUUCCUGUAUGUCAAGAUUUUCCACUUGUUUGAUAUGCAAAACUGACUUAAAUGACGUGACACUGCAUAAUGAGUUUUUAGAAAGAAAACAUUUCCUUGCCAAACACAUGAUAAUACCGACAUUGAAAGUUAUAUACUUUAAGACGUAUCAAAGCUAUCAUUUCAUCUGCAAAUUUAAGUUAAUGACAAUUUUAUCAAGCUAAAAACAGUUUUCUGUAAAAUACAUUAUGCAAUGUGAUGUCAUUUAAGUCAUAUUUGUAUUCCAAACAAAGUCCAAUAUCUUGAUAUACAUACAGGAAAGAUAACAAAGUUUUAGAAAAAAAAGUUACGUUGUGAUUUUAAAUGAACUUUGCAAUUCAAUCAUAAAAAAUUUCUCGCACAGGGCCUAAAAAAAUACCUGUGGUUCCGGUUUCAUAUCGCGAAAAAAUUGGGGUCGGCAGGUCGGAAAUAAUUUUUUUUUUGAAUAUUUUUUUCAUGGUUUUUUCAAUAAUUAGUGUGACAACAGACACUUUUUGGCAGCAGGCCGCAGCCACACGGAGAAAAUAGGGUCGCACAGUCAAUCGGGUUGAAAAAAUAAUAGGGUCGGCAGAAAAAAAUAGGGUCGGUCGGGAACUGGAACCACAGGUAUUUUUUUUUAGGCCUAGGCACUUUAACAAUUUUGUGGCAGUGGUGCUAUUGAUGCCAGCUACCAGACAUUUUCCAGCACUAGUAAUACUUGUAAGCAUUAUAUUUGAUAUUUUUUCCUAUAUAGCUUGAUUACUUGCUAACUGCCUUUUUGACUUCCUACAAAUGGUCAUGUUUCAAUUCUUGUUUAGAUGGGUUAUUUGGAAACAAAAUCUGUACCAGCAUGUCUUAGAAACCAUUAUGAAAAAUUGCUGUUUCCUUACGAUGUUUUCCAAUCUGGUCUCAUGACUGGUGGUGAUACUCCUACAGAGGUAACAAAUAAUGAUGUAAACAACACAAUAAAACAUCUACACAAUCAUGAAAUCAUUUGAUAUGUUACUUGGUAAUGAGGUAUUAAUGGUUAGUGGACAUUAAUUAAUGGAAUUUAAUUAACUCAUUGACAAUUUGUCUCCCCUUCCCUUGAUGAUUAAUUAACUAAAAUCGUCUGAUGUUAGAGUAAAAUAAUAAAGUAGGGCACAUUAGGGUGCAAUUAACGUCUGUGACUAAUAUGCAGUUUUGGGAUUAUGCAGUUGUCCGAUUAUGAGGGUUUGAUGGGGUCACAACUUGAGAUCAGAUGAUGGCAGGCCUCGAAUUUCCCUGAAAUCAAUCGAUGGCAAUGGCGUUAAAAAUUGCCAUAGAACGUAACAGCUGUAUAUGGUAAUUUUGGCAGUUUCCACAGAUUUUUUCAAAUUACUGUAAUACUAAAAAUUUAAUUUUAUUGUUACUUUGGAUUGCUGACAAGCUAGAAACAUGUUUACGUAUUUCUCUACUGUUUUUUUUUUUCGAAGAAAACUGAGACUAAAAUUAUUUAUAGUAAUUUACGCAUGAUUUGAUCAACAUCUGUAUCCAAGUAUCAAAAUAGUAAUGCAUUGUGAAUAGUAUAAAUAUUAUCCUAUACGGCAAAAAAUUGCCGUUGUUGCCGCAAUGAUCCACGACAUUUUGUUCUUCCUCUACAGAGUAGAAGGAGAACAAAGCGGCAUGCAAUUUACACAUUGUUUUUAGGUCAAAUAGUAAAAAUUAUAAAUAAUUUUUGCAAACAAUGUCAGGGGCCCAAGGCUUGAAAUAACAACCAAUUGAUGAUCGGCAAGAGAAUGUUUGUGAUCGGUAGGAUUUUCAAUCAGAAAAUGCAGGGAAAGUCGAGAACUUUAGAAAUGUUAUUUCAAGCCUUGCGAUGUGCAAACUUGUUUUGUAACUGGACAACUUAGGGUGUAAAAUGCAGAAUAUGACCGAAAUUCUUUCAAAAUAUACCCAUGAAAAUGUUUCCACUUUGCAAAAUUGAAAAUUUCACAGAAAAUAUUUUUCACAAAGGAAAUUUGCUAGUUGAUUUUCCUCUCUAAUUCAAACCCUGGUCAAUUUAUCUUAAGGUUAAUCAAGUAUACCUAGAUUGUACAUGUUGAUGGCUAAAGCCUAAAGGCCCAAUAAUCAAUUGAGUGACAGACUUUUUAUGUUAUAUAAUAGUAACUAAUAUGAUAGAUAAUGUGUAAUUUUAGACUAAGCGUACCACCAAACCCAGAGAAGAACCUGAUGGGAGAAUGAGAAAAUCCGCACGUCAAAUCAGACAAGAACAGGUGAUUAUGAGAUUUAUUGUGCAAAUUAAAUUUGAUUAAGGGAUUAUUUUGUCUAUCUUAAAUUAAUUAAUGUACUGUACCCUUACAGUUAAUUUAACAAAACUUUGGCCACAAAUUUAUCAUGGAAUUUCAAAUAUGAUUGUGUGCUGCACAAUCUUGUUCUGGCUUAACGCAUUGAUCACCUGUGUGCUCCCCUUGACAAGUAAAAUCAUAUUAGACAGAGAAAAAUAAUAAAAUAGAGUGCAAUGUAAUGGGUUAACCCUUGAGUUGAAUGUAAUGACAAUGCACCCUGUUGUGCCCUACUUUAUUAUUUUAUUAUGUCUAAAGCCAAACUCGUCCCAGGGAGAGCAUGACCACUCAAUGGGUUAAAGAGCCCUACAAGCAACCGUGUAACAACUAAUCAUGUACAUGGUUUUUGGUUUGUUUACAAAGCUGUUUGUGAAUUUCAUAACACAUGUGAAUUUGGCCUUUAACCAACUUCUGAAUGAACUUCCCAAUUUGCAGGGAGAUUCGACAUUACCAAACAUACUUAAAAAAACAUUUGUGGCCAGAAAUAAUUUGUUACUGCAUAGUUUAUUUUUCAUUGAAAUUACUUUUUACACAAUAGCUAGUGUGAUUAUUGUUUUGUGAAAAUAUAUUGAAAGUUGCAGUAUAAAUUAAUGCCUAAUUAUUGUGUGACAUGGCUUGAAGUAUCUGAUGUACAUUUUAGGUGCAGCUGUCAAUUGACUAUUCAAAGAAUUCAGAAUUGAAGAAGUUACAAUUCUUAGCACCAGGUCCUAAAAUGACAGCUGUUUGUGAAUCAGAUGAUGUAAAAGAAGAGAAAAUGGAUACCAGUACCUCAGGUACAGGGUUCGAAUCAGUUGAGAAAAAAUUAUGUGCAACUUUUCUUUAUAGAAUGUGGCUCUGAAUUUUUAUAAAUAUGUUCAUGAUUGUCUUAGCUACUCAGUCAAACAUCUACUCAAUCAAUGCAAACUGCAAUAAUUUAAUUAUUUGAAUACUUUUUAAACAUUGUUUGCACAAUUUUUGUCAUGUGUUGGUCUGUCAUGGUGGCUAAAAUUUGACACCUUCCAGUCGGCAAACAUGCUGCUAUAGUGUGCAUGCAAAAGCGCUUGUUUGUAAAUUAUACAAAGACAACAGAUUGAUAAAUAUGUAUGGACAUUCAUCAAUAGUCACAAGUCUGAUCUUUUUUGCACAUCGUUUGGAAAAGUGAUAUGCAAUUGCACAUCGUUCUGGACCGAACGUUGCUCAGGUAGAGAUAUCUCAUUCCUUGAUUCUAGAUGUGAUCAGGUAGAGGUAAUCAGAUAGAGAUACAAAGCUAGCAAAAUGAAAUUAGAUUUAAGAUGGUUUUUGAAGUAAUGUAUAAUAAACAGGAAAGCAUAUAUUAUUCGGCAUACAGAGUACCAAAAAUGCCAGACUAUUUUAUUCAUCAUUGGAAGAACACUGGCGCUAAUGUGUUUUAAAUCAGACUAUCUGCCCAUUUGUUUAGUUAACCCAUUAAGUUAUAUUGUACCUCCCUCAGCCGUAGUGAAUUGAAUUGCAAUUAAAACUAGUUUCAUGUUCAGCAAAAUCAAUGCAUUACUUUGGGUUUGGAUAAAAAAGUCAAUUUGAAUUUGAAUGAUACACUGGAGCAUCGACCAGUGCAUACCCAAAUGUUCACAACAGCCUGUACAGUUGUGCUAGGUUCACUCCUUAAGCAAUUUUAGAGAAUUCUAUAUGUUUCUUUUACAGAUGAUUACCAACCAUCAAAAAGUAUCAAAAUAGAGCCAGCAGCAGAGAGUAAGGAUGUGAAAGAUGUGAAGGAUGUCAAAGAUGUUGUUUAUACUGAGGAUGAGUCCAAGUAUCAAAGAAGAAGACCUGUACGUAAAGCUAGUAAGAAGAUGCUGCAGGACCACAAUCCUGAACUGGUAAGUAUUGUAUUGCAGGGCUUUCAAAAGGAGCUCCGGUGGGUGUCACUUAUUUUGUUUAAUUAAUCAGUACUUCAAAUGUCAACACUAGCUGCUCUCCUUCCUCCACUCUAAUAAGCUUUCAAACAAAUUAGUUAUUUGCCUUCAGCCUUCAGCAGUAUCCAACAGGAUACUAGCAACUUAAAAUCUGGUAUCCACCCAGAAAAUCUAGUAUCCCACAUUUGCAAAACAUCUUUUCGUUCACGAGCAAUUACCCAUGGAAAGGAAUUUUUCAAGCCAUUUUAAAUUUUUGACAACGCUUUGUUUCUUUGUACUUUGCUUGGCUUUGGCACUCUUUUGAGCAUGUCUUUCCUGCUCAGUCAAAUUUGAUCGCCUUCAUGUUGUUUAUCUUCUUGUAUUAUUUUCGACGGUAUUUUGUCGAUAAAUAUCAGCUGUGAACAGAAUUUUUUCAGUAUCCCUCGGGAUACUGAGCUAUCCCUCGGGAUACUGAGCUUGUGAUUUCCAGUAUCCAAAUUUAAAAUCUGGUAUCGCCGGGAUAUAUCGGGAUACCGCAAUUUUGAAGCCCUGAGCCUGGUCUACUUUAUAGCCUGGUUAUUUUCAAAAACAACAUACCAUUUUGUAAAACUGAUUUUGUAAAACUUAUUUGCCAUCAUAAAUCUUGAAGUUAUCUUGUUGAAGAAUGAAAUUAGUGAUAGAAAUUUUCGAGUGUGAAUUUUAUACAUUCAAUUAGACCUGACCCGGGAGCAGUUGCGACAAAUGCAACUAUAGGCCCUCUGGCAGGAAUCGAACCUACGGCCCUGCAAUUCCAGUGCAGCUCUCUAAUGAGCUACAGUGAGAGUCCAGUUGUCGAGCUCUAAACCAGCUACUGCAUACUGUAGUUGCAUUUUUCGCACCUGUUUCUGGUUAGGUGUGAAAAUGGGCAAAAAGAACAAAAUCCAUGACUACAGUUAGAAAGAGCAUGUUAAAAUGAGUAAGAUUGCAAAGUUUGGCCGCAAAAUGUUGUAAAAUGCGCAAAAAAUAACCCUGCGAAAUUUAAAAAAUUUGUAUUAAAAUUUAGACUAUAGCUGGAAUUGCCCAUUCCGGUGCAGCACUCUAACCAACUGAGUCCAGUUGUCAAGCUCUAACCCAACUAUACUGUAGUUGCAUUUUUUGCAAGCUGCUUCUGGUUAGGUGUGAAAUUGUGUAUGAUCUAUUUAUUUUCCACUUGAAAUUUCCCUCUAAAAAUCCCCUUCAACUGUUAAUACUGGGUAUAGUAGAUGAUGUACUAGUGUGUGAAUAUGUUAUUGCUAUAAUAAAAUCUUGAUAUUUCAUUGACAGUUUCAGGAUGACUAUUUAUGUCACAUGUGCAGUUCUGGUGAUGAUGGUCAAUGCCUACUGUUGUGUGAUGGCUGUGAUGCCAGUUUUCAUACCUACUGUUUGAUACCACCCAUAACAACCAUACCCAAAGGAGAGUGGAGGUGUCCAAAGUGUAUUGCACAGGUAUGGGUGUUUGAUGGAACCACUGGCAGAUUUACUAGGGGGGGGGGUAGGGGGUUAACCCCCCUAGAAUCUCUCUAACCCCUCUUAUGGAGUGUUCAACCCCACCAAAAUUUUGCUUCAUUUUUGUGUGAAAGUCUUUAACCCGAAUGCCUAACCCCUGCUAAAGGUCACUAAGUGGUGCUGCUUGCACCCCACUAGAAAUGUUUCCACCCCUCCUUUUAAAAAAAUGAAAAUCAGCCCUUGGAUGAAAUACACUUUAGUGCUGUGCGCCGGAGUUGCCGGAGCCGAGUUCUGACGGAGCUCCGGCGGUUUUUCCGACGUCGGAGCAGAAUUUUGUAUGCCGGAGCCGGAGUUACAUUUCUCCAACUCCGGCAAAAUGACAAGAAAACAAUUGAAAUGAGACAAAUGUCAAACGAUUGUUAGUUACUGCAAACUGCCAAUUGCUGUUAAUGAAUUCAUCAUAGACUCAAACUGCCACAGCCCACAGGAACAGCGUCGAAAAGCUGUAAUACGAUCGCAACUUACAAACGUCGUGCUUUCGUGAAGCCAUCUGACUUAGCGCUACAUAGUCUGUGUAUUCAUACCUUGUAGAUAACAAAAAAGUACAAAACAAAUAAAUAUCAACCUUUUGAAAAUUACAGAGUACUUUGUUUGCGUGCAAACAAUUGCGCUGUGGAGUCUGAGAGUGUUAGCGUCAUGCCUCGCGUCAUGCUAUAUAAAAAUUGCAGCACUGUCAAAAAAUUUUCGAGGCUGGUUUCCAUAUAGAUAUUUUCUGCGUGGUUAAGUGUUUUCACUGUUUUGUUUCCUGAGUUAUGUUAUCUGAUAAUUAGGAAGCGCGAAAAGGGUUAUUCAUAAUAAUAUUAAUAAAUGUUCUGUGAUCGUAAAACAUUUAUUUAAUAUUUUAUGACGUGGCCGGAGCUCAGAGCUAUAAUUCGGCCGGAGCCGGAGAUGAAAAACCGGAGUUUGCACAGCACUAAUACACUUAUAUGUGUUAUUAAGCCCUGUAUGGUCAAACAAGGAUGAGAGUUGGCAGCAUGGGCUUAGCCAGGGGCCCGUCCACCCGUUAUUUCGACGAGUAUUUUUCAAUGUGGUUGGGUAAAAAAUACUAAAACUUUAGUAUGUUGUCUUUAGUAAUUAGUACAACCGUACAAGCUUAAAUUUUGCUAUAAUAUCACAUUGAGCAGUCACUGCACACCCCUACACAUACAUCCACAGGUAAAACAUUUACAAUUCUCUAAGUAUUUGCGAAAUAUUUAGUAUUCCCAGCCAAUUUUAACAAAAACUUCUGCGAUUAUGUUAAUGGGGUCAACCAUGCUGUUUGCUCUUCAGUUUUAAGCGCAGUUUUACAUGUGUUCUUUUUACUGCUAAGAAUCACGUUUUUAGAGGAUAAAGCUCUGAUUUCAAAUAUAUUCCAAGGGAACAUGAUGUUUUUGGGGAGGGGAGGGGCAGAACUGCUGGCUUAGCACCUUUGGACGGGUAGAUUGCUAAUCCUGGGUAGGUCUCUGAUUGGCAGUCACGAAUUGUUACAGGGACGUUUCAAGCUCUAGAUUUGAACAAACUAAAUUUUUGAUGAGUGUUCCAACUACAUUUUGACUUAAAUAGAGUACAUGAUAGUGUUGGGAAAGCAUUAAGAACAGCUAACCAAUGUCACGUGACCGCGCCAAUUCAGUUAUUUGGACAGUUAUACAUUGGAUCAAUUUGUUUGUAUGUAUGUAGGAAUAUGAUAAACCUGUGGAGAUCUAUGGAUUUGAACAGUCCAAGAAGGAAUACGAUUUACAGUCUUUUGGUGAAAUGGCUGACAAGUUUAAGUCGGAUUAUUUUGGCUUGCCACCAGAGGUAAGCCUGUGGUGUCGUGUUGAACUUAAACCCGUCCAAAAACGUGACUUAUUGUCAGUCCAAGUUUUCAGAAUAAUAUUAAACUGCGGAUAUUUUACCAUUUAGUCUGUUCCGUACGAUGUCACGGAAAAAGAAUUUUGGAGAUUGAUCGGUUCCGCUGAUGAGGAGGUACAAUUACACGCAUACGAACAUAAUGUAGAGUGAUUUGUACAUUACACGUAUACGAGCAUAUUGUGGAGUGAUUUCAAAUUUCUAGUUAAUCAAGUGUUAGCUUCGAAUGUACGUUUAUUACGGUCCAGCGGGCCUGCAAAUUAGUGCCGGUCAUCGGACAUUGUCCGGCCAAAGUUUACCUUUUGUUCGAUCAAAGUAUCGAAACGUAUGUAAUCAAACAGCAGCUGAUAACUUUUGAGAUAUUCAAGAAAUAUCGCAAAUCUUGUGAUUUGCACAGAAAACGUUCUCUUAAGGUGGCUCCCUACAGUUCUCUAAAAUUCUAGGUAUUUUGAGUAUCGUUCGCUUUGAACCGAAUUUAUAUUAGAUACACUUAAGACAAGCCAAUAUGAUCAUUUCCAGGAAAGUUCAGAAGCUGUGUGCUGCCAUUUAUGAACAAAUUAAAACAGUGUUUGUGUUGCCAUGGCAACCAUGACGUUUAAUCUUUUGCACUUUUAUUGUCUAAUUUCACAAUAAAUGGACAAUAUCUAUAUUUUCCUUCGGUGAAUUUUUCUGAAUUUUUUUUUAAGAUUUAUGGUCCAUAAAGGAAAAACAUAUCAAAAUUUGAAGGGAAUUUAUAAAUAAGUUUUCGAGAUAUUCGUGAAUGACGGUUACAGAAAAAGUUAUUUGUAGAAUUUCUUAAAAUUUGGAUAUGUUGUACCACUCGUCUUGUAUAACAAAAAUACAAAGUUUAAAAAAAUUUCACCGAAGAAAACACGAGAAAAUCAUCGCUAAAAUCGGCGUGGCCAGCAUGAAAAAAAAAUCGACUCGACAUGAGCACGAUCUGCGCAUGCGUGUAAAUUGUAGUUUGUGAUUUUUAGUGAUUUCAACUUUUUGGCUUGCAAUACAUAAGAAAACAGAUAUUUCUGACUUGUUUGAUAUGAAAAUAAAAUAUUAAUCUUGAAAAUACUAAUAAAAAACACUAUUAUAGGCAUUGUAUUAAAUCCAGUGUUAGUUUACAUUUGUAUUUGUUGUUAAAAUCGGUGUGAAAACUUUUCAAAACAUCGAACUACAAGUUUAACUUUUCAUAUAAAACAACUCAUAACUGUUUUAUUUGAUUUACAAGAUAAAACGAUACCUGUGAAUUGAAUUGAUUGACAGAACUUAUAUAAGUUUCGGCAACAGUUCACUACUGUUCAAGAGUUAAUAGAAGACAGUAUCAUUUCAAUUUGACAGCUCACAAAACAACAAGUUGAAAAUUUUGAGCAAUAUGAAAGACAAUACUGAACGUAAAUACGUAAAAACACACUAAAAGAUAGGUUAAACUAGUUAAUAACAUACGUACUGUUCGAAUUCACAAAAAAAUUAGGAUUAUAAUGAAAAACUAGGGCUUUCUUUGUAGAUAAAAACGCCAAGAAACUUCCCACGGCUUGUUUCAAUAUGUUUGCCGAACAGUAAACACGACGAUUCCACUCGCAGGUCGCGAGGAUGAAGUCUGAUCUAUAUAAAUCGUAUUUAAACUGUACUAACUGUAGGGAGCCACCUUAAGCCGGUUUUCCACUAGCGAAUUUUCUCGCGACCUUUUUCCUUUGUCGAUAUCACUUAUUACGUCAGCAAGACGUGGCAAAAUGGACGCCGACAAAGGAAAAAGGUCGCUUCGCGCGAAAAAAUUCGCUAGUGGAAAACCGGCCCAAGGCCGUCCAUAGCCGCUUAUUAAAAAGUGGCCGUCUAUGUUAUAAGAAGCUUUAAUCAAACUCGCUACUCGCUAGGAAAUUUACAAUACUAUGUGAGAACAAAACAAAAGACAUUACAACAAACAAAGGCGAAUUAGAUAUAUGGAAAACCCCAGACAUAAAUUACAACUAGAAAUUUACACUACGAAAACAUAAAACUUCAAUAAAAGUUCUCUAAUACCACUGCACAAGACAGCCCAGUCUCUUGCUCACGUUUGGAGGGCCUCCUGACUAAAUGUCUGGGGCUGGUUGUACGAAAGUCAGAUAGCGCUAUCCACCGAAUAGUGAUUUUUUUUGUGUAAAAUGCUUUGUAAAAAACUUUUAACUUAUAAAUACUAAACUUUAAUACGAGUCAGUUAUACCAAUCAACAACUGAUUUAACAAAACUUGAAAAAAUCACUAUCCGGUGGAUAGCGCUAUCAUCCGGCCUUCGUACAACCGACCCCUUGCAGUGAUGCAGUUAAUUAGGCAAUUUGUCUAAAGCAUAAAAACGACAUUAAUUUGCUUCAUUGUAGGUUUCGGUUGAGUAUGGUGCUGAUCUCCAUACAGCUGUACACGGCAGUGGUUUUCCAGUCAACGAAAAUGUCAAUAACAACAUAGAAGAGGUAGUAUUAUAGCAUUGCCUGCCAUUGGUUAAAGCACUGUGUUUAGUUUGACAACUCUAACAUCGUUUAUAUAAUGCUUUCCUCUAGUUCUAUGCAAACUCCAAGUGGAAUCUGAACAAUUUACCAUCACUUCCCAACUCUGUUUUAAGCCACGUCAGCGGUAAUAUAUCUGGAAUGAAGGUAAAUGCAGAUUUACGGACAGGAAAGAUUUUCAGAUAGUCUCCUGUUCAGGAAAUUCUGUGGCUUCCCAAACGAAGAAAUUUCGUCAAAUCUCGGUCAAAAACAUAAAACAAAUGUUUGGCCGAGUAUGAUGGGACAGCAAGGGGCUUCCAGAUCCCUCAUAAUCUCUUUCAAAAACUCUAGAUGCUUUUGUGCUUGUCCCCUGUUACCACCCAGUUCUUGGCAAAUAUACGACAGUAAUCUUGGAGCUCCAAUCCAACUCCAAAGCUUAUGUGGAAGUAGUGCAGCUAGCUAUCUAAAUCUACAGUUACAGGUUAAUUAGACGAAAAUUAAAACCAUGUGGAGCUAGUUAUCUACAGUAUAGCCUAUAGAGUUACGGACUUACUCUAAACUCAUCAUGAAUCAUUAGGAGCCAUUUCAGGACCCAUUCUUGUCCCCAGGGUACUACUGUAAUAGUGUAAUCGGCUUUGUGAACAUAAUACAAACAUACAGAUAUCACUCAGCACACUCCCUAUCAGGGUUUUUCAGUGACUGGUUACAUAAUAGCCGGAACUGGCGUGAAGCAGGCCGAGGUAGACUGUGAGCUUAAAAAAUGGCGCUUUAAGCAGCCGCUAUUAGUCCAUACCUCUUUAAUGAUCUGCCCCCUGAUGGAUGUACCGACAUAGCCUAGCUCCAUUCGAAUAUUGGCAGCCAUACCUCCACAAAAAUAAAAUCUACAGGCAUGUAUUUCCGCCUGAAAUUUCGCCGUUUGGGAAGCCACAGAGUUGCCUGUGGAGAAGUAGGCUAGAUUUCAGAUAUUUUUUGGAACAUCUAGAGAAUUUUUGCACCGUGAAAUGAUACUCUGUUUAUGCGUCCUUACUCAGGUUCCUUGGCUCUACGUUGGCAUGUGUUUCUCCAGUUUCUGUUGGCAUACAGAGGAUCACUGGAGUUACUCCAUCAACUAUCUACACUGGGGUGAACCAAAGACCUGGUACGGCAUCCCUGGUGACUAUGCUGAACAGUUUGAGAAGGUUGUGCAAGAGAUCGCACCCGAAUUAUUCGAAGCCCAUCCUGACCUACUACACCAUCUCGUGACCAUUGUUAACCCGAAUGUUCUCAUGUCGAAAGGUGUUCCGGUCGUGCGGACUAACCAAGAAGCCGGGGAGUUUAUUGUGACGUUCCCACGAAGUUACCAUGCUGGCUUUAACCAGGGUUAUAAUCUUGCCGAGGCUGUCAACUUCGCCACAGCUGACUGGGUAAGUUUAGUUUUGAGAACUGCUUGUUCUUCCUCUAAAGGUUUACACGCUGCGAUUUGUGAUUUCUCGUGUAUUCUGGAGCAUGGCAGGAAAAUAGAAUUUUUGUUUCUGGUAUCCUAAGUUUUGGAGUCAAAGCUUUUUGCCGAGCUUACUAAAUUACUAUCUGUAUCUGUUAAUAUUAUGCAAUGCCCUAACACUUUCUGCCAGCCAAGCCAGGUCUGAAAAUAUUCUGAGAUCCUAGAUCCCCCAUUAUUCCCUGGUACAGUAUAUUCUGGAGUAUGUAAUCGAAUAAACAAGCUCUGUGUAGUUGUAUUUCAAACUUUGCCAGAAAGGGAUUUUGUAGCAUAGGGAGUAAUGAUGGAGUAAUUUAGAAUAACAAUUAAUAGGGAGUAAUUUACAAUUACAAAGUACAAUUCAAGUUACUAAACAAAAUGAUUCUCCCUUAUAAACCGUAAGUUGGAUACUAGUAUACUAUCUUAAUUAGGCCUACCUCUAUUUGCAUGCCAGUGGCCGAGUGACUCCAUAUUUUGUUAUCACCAGCAAGGAGGCAGUCAGUCGGGACAAAUCAAAUUUAAAAGGCUUUACAUCACAUUUCAAGUGCGUACUCGUACUAAAUCUGUUUUCAGCUCUCGAUGGGACAUCUGUGUGUCUCUCAUUACCGUCGAAUGAACCGUACGAUAGUGUUCUCACAUGAAGAAUUGGUGUGUAAGAUGGCGGCCAAUCCUGAAAAUCUUGAUCUGAGCUUGGCUAAAGCUAUCUAUGAUGAUAUGGUGUCUAUGGUUGAUCACGAAAGUAAACUACAACAGGAGCUCAAGGACAAGGUACGUGAUUAUUAUAUACUACGUUGACUUCCAAUUCCAACAAUAGCGAUCUCAGUAUUGAAGUCAACUCAUGAAGUUAGGCUAUAUGUCGAAGUAUAACACUGUGAGUGUUUUCAGCCCAACAUCUUGGGCUAAUAACACUAACUUUACUUAUAAAAAACAUGCUCAGACAUUGUACUGGGAAAAGGCACCCACAUUGCUUUUGUUAAUAAGUGACGUUCAAUGAUAUUUCUCACGUGACAUCAAAAGGCAGGUUUCAGUUUGUAUAUUGAUCACAUUAUUCCUUUAUAUAGGUAUAGCAGAGCGAGCCGCUAUGAUGAGUUGUUUAUUAUUUAGAUGACAAAAUUACGAACCAGACAUAGUACUACAGUGCGGUACCGUUUUAGGGUGUAUACGCAGCGAAUAUAAAGCGUUGGCAAACUUUAUUCACCCGUGCCUUUCAAAACGUACUAUCAAGUUUUGGCUAUUCACUGCGUUCGUUUUCAAAUAUACUGAAGUUUCAUUUGAUAAACCUUCAGAGAUUGUAAAAAAUGGAAAAAAUUCACCGCCAUUUUGAAUAAUUUUGCUCAAAUUGACGAGUUGGGGAUUUGUGCAAAUAAUGAGUACAAUAAUCAUUUAAGAUUUCAUGAUAUAUUUUAAUUCGUGUAUAUAUUUUUACACAUAUUUAUCAUUUAUUUUUGUUCAUGAUUACCUAUCGAUAUCGCAAAGAGUGUCGUAAGUUAGACUUGCUGUGAAUAAGAAGCAUUCUGGUCAUGUUCAUUAAUUAAUAGAGGAAAUGUUGUUUCUCAGCUCAGACGUAGACGCAUGCUGUGGCGCCUUCUCUUUCGUAGUGCAUGGAUGAAAGUUCUUGCCAUGCACUAUCGCCAAUCACGUAAUACUCGACAGUUUUCAGUUUAGUGCCACCAGAUUGACCUCCCAUUACUACAAUAACAUCGCCCAUGAUCACUGCAGCACAUCUUGAUCUUGCUUCACGCAUGGAAGGCAAAGGCUUGGACUCUAAAGUGAGGAUGUUGUACAUGUAAACUUUAUCCAGUGCUACCCUCUCGUCAUUGCCUCCGAUAAUAACCAGGCUGUCUUUAUAAGCAACAGUCGCCAUACACGUCACUCGAUACGGUAACGCAGGUAGUGUCUUAAUCUCAUUGUCAAGUACAUCGUAAAGCUCGACCGAACUAUAUGAAUUUCCAACCACAUAGAUACGAUCGCCUACACGCUGUACACUGCAGCUGUCCGUGGUACGACUAUCACUGACAAGUGUUUUAUCAUUAUAUGGUGGCUCAAGUGUUCUUUCCUGUAUGCUAGAAUAAAAACUUAUUAUUCGAUUUCCAUAGAGAACACCAUUCUUUGAACAAGAAGUUGGAAAAGCUGUCGAGGUGUAGCCAUUCUCGCUAGGGUUAAUAUAUUCAAUUUGACCACCGUCACCACCAAUCAUUAUUUUCUUGCCAUAAAGAAAGGAAAAGGAUCGGUGUCGCGCUCUGUGUAAGCAGUUUUCGACCAGAGUCCAUGUUUUUGUUGCCCAGUUAAAGACUUCAAUAGAUUUAUUUGUUCGUCCAUCAUGUCCGCCGAAAACAAAUAUCUGUCCUUUGAUAACUGUACUCUCUCGCUGAAUGAUAGCAGAAGUUGUACAAUGCAGUGGAUCUUGGAAGUUUUUGAUAGCUUUGUCGUGUUCUACGAGCUUUGCUUGCAUUUCUGUUUGUGUUUCCGUGAUUUGCUUCAAGGCUGCGUUCACCUCAUCCAAGCAUACUUUCAUUUCGUUAAUUUCUUUCCGCAGAGUGCACUGGUGUUUCUCAAAGUCCUGGUGCGUCAUCUCUUCCGAGCACGACUCGCAUGUCGUCAUUCUAAACACACACGCUUCGCUUUCAUGGCUUUCUUUAUCACGUCUGUUCACCGUUGCUUCGCAGCCUUUGUGCGAGCAAGCAACCGGAGCGAAAUCACACGUCUGUUGAUGCAACAGCAGCUCUUCGACUUUAACAUUCUCCUUGCAUCCUCGGGAAACAUAACUACAACGUGGUUUCUUGAUUUGCGAUACAAUGUUGGCAACAAUUCUCGAGGCCGGUCGCAACGUCUCGAGCGUGAGUGUGUCCACGCAUGUCGGGCAAGUCUACGAGUUUCGUAAAUACUUUGUUAUGCACUCAGUACAAAAGUAGUGCUCAUUUGCCCGGCAUUGAACUGGGUCUUUUAAAAUCUCGUUGCAAAUAAUGCAACAGAAAUUGUCGACAAACGAGCUAUCAAACUCCUCGUCUUGCUUGCUUGAAGCCGCCAUGGUGGCUUCUUCCAAGAAAAGGAAGGUGUUGUUUGGAAUGUAAGUUGAUAUUGGGUGGGUAUUGACAUUGUUGUCUGUGACUUCAAUGACCUCAGCUUGCAUAAUUUAUAUGCAGUGACUCAAGUGUUCUUCUAUUUCGACAAGACUACAAUCAUGGAUAACUUAUUUCGUUAGCAGAAUUGCAUUUUGGACAAUACCGUAGCAGUAAUUCGUCUCACUUAACACCUGUCGUUCAGUCAGAAGACUCGGAACCUUUGCCAAUUGACCAUUUGCGUAAUAGACUAAAUUUUGAUCUCAACAAAAAUUUCAAUACAGCUUGAAAGAACAUCACAAAAUUAGUAAUAUUCCAAAGUUUCGUUGCAAAAUGUUGUAAAAUGCGGAAAAUAUAGCCUUGCGAAAUUUGCAAUUUUCAGUCAUUUUAGAUUACAAACCGGAAAUUGACAGCCUCGAAGGGUUUGGGGCUGUCAAUUUCCCGUUGUAAUCUAAAAUGACUGAAAAUGCAAAUUUCGCAAGGCUAUAUUUUCCGCAUUUUACAACAUUUUGCAACGAAACUUUGCAAUAUUACUAAUUUUGUGAUGCUCCUUCAAGCUGUGAUGAAAUUUUUGUCUAGACUUGUUUAGUUCAAAAUUUAGUCUAUUACGCAAAUGGUCAAUUGUCAAAGAAGCAAUUUUUUAAUCUCUAAGCAGAGUACUGCGCUAAUUGCUGUAUGUUAAAUAAUGACGUGUAAUCCUGCUUGUCACUCUUUAUCCAUUCUUAUAUCUUGGUUGCUAUGUUACCUUGUUAAAAUUACCCUCACACCUCCCCCCAUACCAUGCCAUGAUUGGAAACCAACAUUGUUUGGGGGAGGGAGGGGGGAUAAUUUCUAUAAAGAGUAACAUGCAGAUGCGAUCAUUCGUGUAACAGUUCGUCUGUUUCAUCCUGUAAGCCAACUUCCAGCUCAAUAUUCACUACUCUUCUCAAUUAGACUCUUCUUUCGAUGUUAACGGAAUGCGCACUUGAAAAAUCUACUGCUCUAAUUGCCGUUCUUUCAACUUAAGCUGUUGUUCAUAAUCUAACCUACUAGUUUUAUAUAGUUAUUUAUAAUAUAAGAUUUGUAAACUCUGAACGCUGAUUGGCUAAGAGCCGUGUUGAUAUAACUCCAUGUCAACACGGGAAAUUUUCCGCCGCUUGUAACACGGAAAUUUUUCUUAUUCUUCGGGCUUUUGACAUUGCUAUAUUAUAAAACGAAUAUAAAACAUUUUUUCCGUAUUGAUAUAUAGUUAUAUCAACACUCGUGGAAGUUGGGAAAACUCGAAAUUGUGUGAAAACACUCCGCCCUUCGGGCGUCGUGUUUCCACACAAUUUCUCGUUUUCCCAAUUUCCACUCGUGUUGAUAUAACUGUAUAUCAACACGGAAAAUGUUUUAUAUUUGUUAAAUGUAAAUAGUGUUCCAGUAUUGGUGAAAUUUCUAAACACUGUUUGUACCUAUCUCCUUCCUAUAGGGUGUUGUUCAGACAGAGCGAAAAACCUUUGAGUUGCUGCCUGAUGAUGAACGACAGUGUGUUGUCUGCAAUACAACAUGCUUCUUGUCAGCGGUCAUAUGUCGCUGUGCUGACAGUAAGUGCGAGUAAUCGUUUGUGUAAUAUGUGCAAACAGUCGAUGUAAUUUUAAUGUGAUUUCUGUUUUUCAGAAAAACUGAGUUGUAUCCAGUGUGCACCAGACCACUGCAGUGAAUGUGGCAUAACGAACUAUGUCUUAAGGUGAGCAGUGUUUCUCUCUUAGAUAUGUUUUGUAAUGCAUGUUGCACCAAACGUUCACUGAAUAGGCCUUAUGCAUAAUGACGUCACAAGGCUUGAUGCCCGCGAGGAAUGCUGGUCUUAAUAGUACUACGAGGGUUUUCAUUAUGUUUUGAUGAGUGCUCUGAGGGUGACAAUCUCUUACCUGCAUUUUAGACAUCGUUAUAACCUGGAGGAACUUCAUGGUAUGCUAGCACAGUUGAAGAGAAGAGCUGAUUCUUUUGAUAACUGGGCAAGUGAAGUAAGACGGUCACUGGAUGCAUCCGCUCAAGCCAAAGUUUGUAAGUAUUACACCCUUUGAGACUGGUGUAAAACAUCAAAGUUUAUUUUUCGACUUAAGCCAGGAUCAAUCAAACGAGGAAAAGAUGACACGAGAGUUUAUGCUUUCCCAACACUAUCAUGUAUUCUAUUGAAGUUAAAACAUAGUUGGAACACUUAUCAAACCUUUAUUUUGUUAAUCUAGAGCUUGAAAUGUUCCCGUAACAAUGACCGGGAUUUUACUAUAAAAUAAGGAUAUAACCUACUUUUGUGUAGUUUUAUUUAAGCGUAUUCUAUAUUUUCAUAAUAUUUUGCUUCAUAGACUUAUAGCAAUACAUUGUCGUAGCAGUUAACAGAGUGAGGAAAUAAUGUAAAAUAUUUUUACUACUUGAAGUAAUCUUCUGUUUGAUGACCAAUGAAUAGACAUGUCAGUGAUCUAGUUUGGUUUGCUUGUUCUUAUCACUUUAAACGUCCUGAAGUUGUCCACUGUCUGGGCCCCCCUAAACAGCCACCAAGUACGCAGUAAUGAUAUUAAUGCCGGCUCUAUCUACCUUUGUUCAGCUCUAGCAACGCUACGUGAAUUGGUAACAACAGCUGAACAAAGUCAUUUCCCUGAGUGUGAUCUUUUGGAAGAAGUGAAGGCAGCUGUUGCGGAAGCCGAACGUUGCGGGAAUGUUGCCACUCAACUUGUGACUAAGAAACAUCGUACGAGGUAAGGAUGGUACAUCCAUGGUUCACUCUCAAUAGUUUAUGUCGUCGUGUAACUAUCUCUUAUCCAGGGUACAUUAUACAGGAUGUCCCCCUAAAAAUGCAAUGUGACCCGUGUCCCAGGUUUUUGCACAGCUAAUUAUUUCUGGGCAUCGAAAAUUCAAUCUGAGAGAUGAAUUUUGGCACAAAGAUUAUCAAAAUUGGUCUCCAGGUCAUCAAAGCUAUUGAUACUAAACAUAUAACUGAUGCAUGACUUCAAUGGUCCAUUGGCUGUGCCAUACUUUAUUUUAAAACAGCCAUAGCAAUGGUUCUACUAGACCAAUUUUAACGAUUUAGUGUCAAAAUUCAUCUCUUAGAUUAAAUUUCGAUGCCCACCUAGUUGUGUAAAAAUCUGGAACACAGCUACUGCAUUUUUGAGACACCGUGUUUAAUAUUAGGAGUGAAAACCUAUAGUAGGUUUUAGGAAGUUGUUGACCAAGUUUUCUUUUACUUUCAGGACUGCGGAUGUUCUAAGUAACAGCACGAUCUCGCCUAGUUUAAACUUGGAAGAACUACAAGAAUUUUGUAGUCAGUUGCAGCGAUUACCUUGUGUUAUAGAUCAAGCAGAACUUGUCCAGGUGAGCUGUCUUCAUAUCAUUCAUUAACAUGACAUACAUAGUCUAAACUUCGACGUUAUCAUCAUCAUCAUCAACACAAUUAUCGUCACUAUCGUCAUCAUCACUAUUAUCAUCAGUACUGUCGUUACAAUCAUUAUCAUCGUUACUAUCAUCAUCAGCAUAUUAUAUCUCAGACGCGAGGGUCUAGUGAAAGGUGUGUUCUUCAAUAAGUUGCCGAUUUAAAAACACUUUGAUUGUUCUGACAAACGAUCAACGUAAAGAGGUUACUAUAGCCUUCUAACUGCUAACCUCAUAACGAAUGCAUGGUCUGACACUUAGAAGUUUUUUAAUGUAUAUUUCAGGCACACACCACGGCAGCUUCAAGGAAAUGAAUGCCGAUCAUCCCUCGGUGUGGGACAACUGCCAUUUAUGGGUUUCCCCUAACAAUCGAGUAAAGUCUGCUAGCCCUGUUCAAGAUCUGUUCUUAGUUUUCUCUACUAAUAUUUUUAAUCGUUAACUUUCCAGGAUUUAAUGAACAGAGUGGAAAGUUUCCAAGGCGAAGCCCAAGAUAUACUGCGUGAAGCCGAACCUAACGCUGUCAAACUGAAGCAACUUUUAGAUACAGCAAUAGCGAUUGAUGUCGACCUACCAGAGAUACCAAAAUUGAAACAAGAACUACAUCAAUGUAGAUGGCUUGAGAAAGUCGAGGAAACCUUACAAGAUACACGACAAGUAUCGUUGGACAUUCUGAGAGCAUUGCUUGAUGAAGCUACUAUGUUGAGCAGAAAACAAGGUACAGUAAUAAUACCAGGAUUUUGGACAUCUCGCUCGAUAGAAGUAAAUGUUGAAGGGAUUUUUGUAAAUGGAAAUUUCUAGUGUGAAUUUUAUACAUUUUUAGACCUAACCACCUGGGAGCAUAGAUAUCUUAUAUACACUAGAUAGUGCAUCUAAUUAUUCUGCAAUUCAAAAAUUGAAGCCGUGAUUGCAGACUCAGGAUAUUCCCAUGAAAUGAGAAGACUCGUAUGUUUUCUUUUUCUUAAACAGGGAACUUGAACAUUAAGUUAAAGCUAUUCCAAAUACAUUUUCGAACUAUUCAAAUGAUGAAAGUUAUUGUUGUUUUUUAAGCGUUUAUUAGACAGAUUUAGAUCGAGGACGCGGACGUCAAAGACGACGUGAAAAUGGCGUCAAAAUGGCGUGACUAUCCAUACAUGGGCACAACACGCCAUUUUCACGUCGUCUUUGACGUCCGCGUCCUCGAUCUAAAUAGACAGAUUUAGAUUGAGGACGCGGACGUCAAGAGGACGUUAGAUGGCGUAAUAUGGCGCGAAAAUGUGGCGUCGUGUUGAUGGCGACGUAGUCUUAGCGAUUUUCAGGACGCCAAAAGCAAGUUUUCACGUCGUGCCUAGGACGUCAACUUUUUGUGUUUAUUUUUCCCGUAAAAAAGGUAUGUACACAGUAAAAGAGGUAUUAAAUAAGUUUUAUUAGUCACCUUGUUUUGUUAUUUUGUUAUAUUAUGCAAAUUUACUGAUUAUAGUCGCAUAAUUAACGGUAGCAAGUUGUGCAAAAUUUGUUUCCGGUUUUGCAAUGGUUUUGCUAAGAUGGCCAAAAAUAAACAAACAUAUACAAAUAACAAACCGUCGUAACAAGCUACAGAUUCACCUGUUUGCCAGUGUCAACUGUCUAGCAAGAUAUAUAUGAUCUAAUUCUUUAAUAUAUUUGUAUUCGUUACGGUUUUAAAGGCAAUUAAAGUUCACACGGUUUUCAGGGUUUUGUCAAUAGUUUUCAAGUAGAUUAUUUUAUAUCGGUUUAGUAUACUAGUUGCACACAGCUAGUGGUCCUAGUGUGCAAAGCAUUUCUUAAUUAAAGAUGAUUUCUGUGAUCUUUUUAGAGUUAAUGUUAUAGCUAUGGAAGACAAAAGUGACUGCCUGAAGAAAAGGUAACUAAAAAUCCAAAUAUAAUAUAGGCUGACGUUUAUGUUAAUAUAACUAAUGCUUGAAAGCCUGAACUCAGUCUGAAAAAUUAUUAAAUGAACCUUUGAGUUUUAAAUGCAUAUAUUCAAGUAAGUAGUGUGCACAUACAAGAUUGUGGUACCUUGCUUGAGUAUACUUAUCCCAUGCAGUGCUAAUUAUGUUGCUAGUACUGCUACUAUAGCUAUAUAAUAUUUUACUAGGUCCAGUAUGGUGUGGUCGAAACAAAAAGACCUUGCACUGCUGAAAGAAGUUGCCGCAGAAGGUGUUCUCAUCCACAAGCAGAGAUCGAGGGAACGGGGUGUGCAGUGGCAAAAGGUGGCUGACAACAUGAGCGUUAUGGGUCAAGACAUCACAACGAGAGCAGUCAGAGAUCACUAUAAAAUGAUAUCAAAAAAAUAUCGAGCUAGAAUGGCCAGAGAAGAGAGAGCAACAGGUGAAGGUGGUGCUGAACUAACUGAGGAUAAAAUGUUGCUGGAAGAAUUGAUCGAUGUGGAAGACGAGACUGACCGGCAGAUGGAAAAUGAGACUGAGGCCAAAAAUCAGAGGAUUGAGAAUGAAAGAGGACAAGCGUUGGAGAUGAGGGAAAGAGCAAUGGAGCGGAUCGGGCAAACCAGGAAAAGGAUGGGAGGUGCGAGUGAAAGUGGUGGAACAGUACAAAAGAGGAGAAGAUCAGGAGAGAUCAUGGAAUAG